UGGAGAGAUUGGGAGUGAGAGAAAGUGUGAGGGAGGGACAGAUAAGAAGUGAGGUAGGGAGAUGCCUACUUCAGACGGAGAGAAAGAAGGAAGAGAGGAAAGGGAACAGUGUAAGAUGGGAAAGGUGGGGAUUGAGAGAAAGAGGGAGGGCUAGAGGAUAGAAAGUGAGGUAGGGAGAUGCUUACUUCAAUCAUACGUAAACCACAAAAUGUAUGACGUUGUACACGUGUAGGCGUUUCAGUUGUAGGAUGAUGGUGGAGAGUUCACAGUGAAGACAGUCAUGAUAAGUCAAAAGGGAUGGAUGUGUAAAGUUUUGAAUCUGAACAUUAUACUUCAGAGCUGAAUAUAGGCAGGAUGGAAGAAGGACAGACGGAUGAUAGUGACACAGAGAGUGGGUGGUGUACACCACCUGAGUACAGAACAGACAGUGAUGGAGGCACGUCAUCAGGCAUGGAGGGUGCUGAAAAUAUGGCUGUUUAUGAAGAGAGUGCUGACGAAUUUAGUGAUGGCACAGACGAGGAUGAAGGGGAUGGGAUACGAGACAUGUCACAACUUGGAGCAGGUGUUGUAGCGGUCAAAGUCCAGACUGUUCAUCAACAGUCAUACCAACUUAUAAAUAAAGAUACAAAGUCACUAGCACAACACAUUGUGGGAUGUUGUCAGCAACAGCAGGGAGAAGUAUCAGCAGCACCACAGCAACAACAGCAACUCCAACGAGGGUCAGGUGGUGAUGGUGAUGAAAGAACGGAUCAGGCACACCUGUCCACAAGUACAACCUGUGUAGUUCCUGAAACAACAAGUUUACAGGUUCCGGGAACAUCAGCCCUGACACCAGCGCCCACAUCGUCUCUUCUGCCCAGAGUACCAGGAUCUCUUGUAUCACAGAUACAGUCAUCUGGGCUGCUUCCAGUACCAGUCAGUGGGAAUUCUCCUGCAGUCACACAGUACAACCUUAUCCAAGUACGACAGCAGUUUGGUGAUGUGACAGUGAAGGGAGGCAAGAAUCUGAACAUUGGCGGAACUCAGAAUGUCAGUACAGCUCCAACCAAACAGGAAGAAGAGGAGAUACCACUGACUGCAGCACAGAAGAUCAGGAAAAGGACGACAUCCAGGAUACAGUUGUGGACUAAAGACAUGGUGGAGACAGACGCCCUCAAGAAAGUGAAAGAGAAGCUACACAGAGGUGCAACAUGGGUGACAAUUACAGGAAGACCGGGAGAGGGGAAGUCCACAACCGCCUACAUGGCUCUCAAAGACCUACACAGUCAGGGGAGACAAGUAUACCAAGUGGUGUCACCAGAAGAGUUCAAUGAGGUCAUAAUGGCCUGCUCUCACCCUGUCAUUCUGUUAGAUGACAUUACAAAACAACCAAAGUUUGUUAUUGAAAAAUGUAGUUUGUCCUUUAUAAAUCAGCGACUUCGUCUUGCACCCCCUAGAGGGAGAGAGGAAAACGUCGCUGGAAGCUUGGCGCCCGAUUAUGUUAGCAGCAGAAACCAGAGACGAAGCGUGUUUGUUAAUCAGAUUUUGUCUCUUGACCCUGACCUCAAUGCAAGAGACGGGUUUGGUAAAAGCGUGUUUCAUUAUCUUUGUGUAAAUGGCCUUACAUUAGCCGUAAAGAAUGUGCUUGACAAGGGAGUGGACGUUAAUGAGGAUCAAGGAUCACGCCGGGAACACCCUCUAUACAUUGCCAUAGAGAAAGGUCACGUAGAGGUGGUGAAACUGUUGGUUAACAGAGGAUGUUAUGUAGAUAACCAGAAAGGUCUUAGAUGUGCUGUUGUAAGCCUGAACGUGGACAUGGUGCUGUUCUUUUUAAACAGAAGAGUAAAGGUUGACGGAACUGUUGUGUGCAUAGCUUGUGAAGCUGGGGAGUUGAACAUAGUUGAGAUGCUAUUUGAGAAGGGUGCUACUGUUAAUAUGGUGUCAUAUGGUGAAGAUACUCCACUUCACAGCGCAUGUGAAGGAAAUCCUACUGUUGUUGCAUAUUUGCUGAAGAAAGGAGCAAGUGUCAAUCAAGCUUCAAAUCGUACAGGUGACACACCCCUUCAUAAAGCAGCAGGAUGUGGAUCUACAAAGUGUGCUGACGUGUUACUGAAGGCUGGAGCUGAUGUUAAUGUUCAGAAUAUAACAGGUGACACAGCACUUCAUAAAGCAGCAGGAGGGGAAUCUACAGAGUGUGUUGAUGUGUUACUGAAGGCUGGAGCUGAUGUUAAUGUACAGAAUAAUACAGGUGACACAGCACUUCAUAAAGCAGCAGGAGGGGAAUCUACAGAGUGUGUUGAUGUGUUACUGAAGGCUGGAGCUGAUGUUAAUGUACAGAAUAAUACAGGUGACACACCACUUCAUGAAGCAGCAGGAGAGGGAUCUACAGAGAGUGUUGAUGUGUUACUGAAGGCUGGAGCUGAUGUUAAUGUACAGAAUAAUACAGGUGACACACCACUUCAUGAAGCAGCAGGAGAGGGAUCUACAGAGUGUGUUGAUGUGUUACUGAAGGCUGGAGCUGAUGUUAAUGUUCAGAAUAAUACAGGUGACACACCACUUCAUAUAGCAGCAGGACGGGGAUCUACAGAGAGUGUUGAUGUGUUACUGAAGGCUGGAGCUGAUGUUAAUGUACAGAAUAAUACAGGUGACACACCACUUCAUGAAGCAGCAGGAGAGGGAUCUACAGA